GGCAGAACUGUGCCAACUACCUGCACGAUGGCGCGCCUGCUGAAUGCGCUCCUUCCCCGGCCCUUCCUAGAGUCUCUGGGGCAGGUUGUGCUGCGUCGAGCCGGGUCAGGACACAAGGAAGCAGAGUCUCUUACGAAGCUUGAACCAACUCUCACCAAGGCUGAGUGGCAGAAGAAACUGACACCAGAGCAGUUCUAUGUCACAAGAGAAAAAGGAACUGAACCGCCUUUCAGUGGGAUCUACCUGAACAAUGAGGAGUCUGGAAUGUAUCACUGUGUGUGUUGUGACAACGCCCUCUUCAGCUCAGAGAAGAAGUUCUGCUCUGGCACCGGAUGGCCUUCGUUUUCUGAGGCUCAUGGUACAUCGGGCUCAGAUGAAAGUCACACAGGGAUCCUGAGACGUCUGGACACCUCAUUAGGGUCAACUCGCACAGAGGUUGUGUGCAAGCAGUGUGAAGCUCAUCUUGGCCACGUGUUUCCUGAUGGACCCGGGCCUCACGGUCAGAGGUUUUGUAUCAACAGCGUGGCCCUGAAGUUCAAGCCGAACAAACGGUGACCCUUCCUGGGAGCCUCUCCCAGGCCUGUCCUUCAUGCGUAGCCUUGAUUUUCAUAAUUUAGAUGGAUGACUUGUCCUGUUUGCUGUUCGCUGCUGGCCCGACGCAAGUCAAGGCCUCUCUUACUCUUCCCUGUAGUCUGGCCUGACUCCUGCUUGGGUACCCCCAUCUGCCUUCCAAAGGUAUGGGAUGGACAACAGGGCGGGAGCCCUUGUGGGACAUCAGGGGCUGCUAGGUAGGAGCCAGGGAGUUCCUACAGGUGUCCCUGUGCUUGUCGCUUUAGCUGAGUCCUGCAGAAAUGCAGAGAUGCCAGCACAGACACAGCAGCCCUGAGUAAUCCAGCACUGCAGAGUAGGUAUGGGCAGGAGCCGUGCUGCAUGAAGUGCGCAUGGUGAUGGUGAGCUGUGUGAUGUAUUUGCCAAACGUUUGAUGUCUCAAACAUUCUGCUGUCAGCCUUACUACCCACAAAUCAGCCUUAGUGUGAGUUUGUUAAGAUUUUGUUGAUUACAAUGAAAUGUUCACCCUUAUGCCUUCUGGCUACAAAUGUAAACUUUAAAAUGGUCAAAUAAAAUAUUUACUGAAA